UUCUAAAAUGACAGCUACCUGCAUUUGCCGGUGAAGAAAUUUCACAUUCGUUUUGGAUAGCACAUACUUGGAGUAAACAUGACGAUCCUGAGAUGCACACGUUACUUCCUGAACAGGGGUCUAUCCCUGACGCAAAAGACAUUUACUCUGAGAUUAGCUUCUACCUCUAGUGAUGAUCAGGGAAUGACAAAUGUGGAGAACAUCCGAAACAUUGGAAUCUCCGCCCAUAUUGACUCUGGCAAAACAACACUAACUGAAAGGAUUCUGUUCUACACUGGCAGAGUUGCGGAGAUGCACGAGGUAACUACACUGUUUGAAGUUCUUAGCCAAUUGAGGUUAUUUUUUAAGGUGAAAGGCAAAGAUGCAGUGGGAGCCAAGAUGGAUUUCAUGGAAUUGGAGAGACAAAGGGGGAUAACUAUCCAGUCGGCGGCGACGUAUACGAUUUGGAAGGAUCUUAACAUCAACAUAAUUGACACACCUGGCCAUGUAGACUUCACAGUUGAAGUGGAGCGAGCUCUGCGAGUCCUGGAUGGGGCAAUCUUGGUUCUGUGCAGUGUGGGUGGGGUACAGAGUCAGACAUUCACUGUCACCAGACAGAUGACGCGGUACAACGUCCCCGCUGUGGCGUUCAUUAACAAGUUGGACAGACAGGGGGCUAACCCGUACAGGGUUCUGCAUCAGAUCAGAUCUAAGCUGGGUAAAAAUGCAGCCUUCCUGCAGCUUCCUAUUGGGUUAGAGAGUGCGCAGGAGGGAAUUGUGGACUUGAUCCGAAGAAAAGCCAUUUACUUCCGUGAACCUCAGGGAUUGUCAGUUGAGGAGGGUGAAGUUCCCAGUGACAUGGUGUCAGAAGUGGAAGACAGGAGACAAGAACUUAUUGAACAUGUAGCAAAUGUAGAUGAAACUUUGGGAGAAAUGUUUCUGGAGGAGAAGACCCCUACAGAAUCUGAUAUCAUCAGGGCGAUCCGUCGUUCCUGUCAGAAGAUGACCUUCACACCUGUUCUGCUCGGCACUGCCCUCAAGAACAAAGGGGUUCAGCCAUUACUGGAUGCUGUAGUUGAUUACCUCCCAAAUCCAUCCCAGGUGGAGAAUUAUGCCCUCGACAAUUCCAAGGGAACAGACAAGGCGGAGAAGUUUAUUUUGAACCCAGAUAGAAGUGAGAGAAAUCCGUUUGUGGCACUGGCAUUUAAACUGGAGGCGGGUAGAUUUGGUCAGCUGACGUAUAUGAGGGUUUACCAGGGUUGUUUGAGAAAAGGGGAUCAGGUGAUUAACACACGGACUCAGAAGAAGACGCGAGUGCCCCGAUUGGUCCGUAUGCACGCUGAUGAGAUGGAAGAUGUAUCUGUGGUGUAUGCUGGGGACAUUUGUGCCUUGUUUGGAAUCGACUGUGCCAGCGGAGACACUUUUGUAACGAAGGGCAACACACAUAUCUCCAUGGAGUCGAUGUAUGUUCCAGAGCCUGUCAUCUCCAUGUCAAUCAAACCUGUAAACAAGGGUGACAUUGACAACUUCUCCAAAGGUAUCGCUCGCUUUAGUCGCGAAGAUCCCACGUUCUGUGUGAAGUUUGACUCGGAGAGUCGAGAGUCCAUCGUGUCGGGAAUGGGAGAGCUACACCUAGAAGUUUAUGCUCAGCGACUGGAACGUGAAUACAAUGCCAAGUGUAUCCUGGGAAAGCCGAAAGUUGCUUUUCGCGAAUCUCUUGUGGGUCCACAGGAGUUUGACUAUUUGCACAAGAAACAGUCCGGAGGUCAAGGACAGUUUGGCCGUGUCAUUGGGGUCAUGGAGCCCCUUCCUCCUGAAGAAAACACAAAGGUCAUUUUCCAAGAUUUGACGUCAGGUCCUGAUAUACCCAAGCAGUAUAUACCUUCAAUAGAAAAGGGCUUCAGGAAGGCUUGUGAGAAGGGGUUCUUGGCUGGUCAGAAAGUUUCAGGAGUCGUCUUCAAGCUCUUGGAUGGUUCUAGCCAUGCCGUAGAUUCCAGUGAUCUGGCCUUUACAUUGGCUGCUGAAUUUGCUGUCAGACAAGUGUUUCAGGAAGGAUCUUGGCACAUUCUAGAACCUGUCAUGUUGGUGGAGGUCAGCGCACCUCAGGAGUUCCAAGGCAGUGUCAUGUCAGGGCUGUCUAAACGCCAUGCCCUCAUUCAAGGCACAGACGCUAACGAGGGCUAUUUCAGUAUCUUUUGUGAGGUGCCCCUAAACGAGAUGUUUGGGUAUGCAUCAGAGCUGAGGUCACAGACUCAAGGUCAGGGAGAGUUCACGAUGGAAUAUGCACGAUACUGCCCUGCGCUGGGCGACACGCAGCAGGCGCUGAUACAGCAGUACCAGGAGGAGAUGGGGAUAGGAAUGCAAGACAAGAAGAAGAAGCGUAGUUGAUGAUGGCGUAAAUUGCUAAUACUGGAUAAUUAUAUAAAAUAUCACUCAGUGUCAGCAGAUUUUCUGAUGAACUUUCAGCGAUGGCAUUUUCAAGGUUCAUACAAAGUUUUGAAACACUUGAAAAGCUCUAGUUAAAGUCAUUUUUGGAUACCUUGAAAAUCUGUAAGGUGUAUAAACCCUGUUAUAUGCCUGUGUUAGUACAGGUGUAGCUAACAACACUUUCCCAUAUAAGGUAUCU